AUGCCAUGUGCUGAUAUUGCUAUCUGGUUUUGUGUCGUCUUCUAUGCUUUUUAUGACAAGCACUUGACAGCAGUGGAUGGUACGCGUCGUCAACUUGAAAAAGUGGUUGAAGAACAGCGUCUUCUUAUUGCUCGUUUGGAAGAUGACUUAUUGAAUUUACAAGCUAUUAUACCACAAUCUGUAGGAGAUGGAGCAAAUACCGAAAGAGAUUCUGGUGAAUAUGAAUUUUCUGCAGCGAAAAUGUUGGCUAAAGAAUUAUCGUUAUCUGACGGGCAGCGGAAAAAUAUAGAGAAUUGUGAUAGUAAUAUAUUGUCAAUUUUAUCAUCUCAGCGCGAACGAUUACGUCAUCGGGUUGACGAAUUAGAAAGAGACUUGGUCGUUCAGAAACAAACAAAUAAGUAUCUGGAAAGUGAACGUGAAAAAAUACGUGAAGACAAUGUCAAAUUAUUCGAAAAAAUCAAGUUUUUACAGAUUUAUGGAAGCAAAGUUGGACAAGCAGUUGUGAAAAUAGAAAGUGAUGAAACAGAAGCACGUUACGAAAAUGACUAUGAAAAACAUUUGGACCCAUUUAAAAAAUUUAACAUGCAAGAGAAACGACGUAAAUAUGGACAGUUGCGAGUCUACGAUAAAGCAGCAUUUACACUGGGACAGUGGCUGAUGAAUAGUGGACAUUCUAGAAUAUUUUUCUUCAUUUAUCUCAUGUUUCUUCAUAUUAUGGUUAUUGUGGUCCUCUAUCGAUUUGCGCUGGCAGGAUCUUGUCUGCGAGAUUUUCAAACAGACUGCAUUGGAAAGUCAGUUAUAGUUAUUUACAGCUACAUUUAG